AUGGCGCACCCCAAGGACCCGGCAGCGGGCAUCUCAUCGGCGCUGCUACCGCAUCUUCACCUAGUCUCGAAAAAUCGCUACCCAGUCUCGAAUAAUCCUUCCCUCGACAGCAUUGUCAACUUCUUGUCAGAUGCGCCAAAAGUUGUACGUGACUUACAGCCGAUGCAAUGGCAAAUGCUCGAUGCGCCUCAAGAUGGAACAAUGCUGUUGGUCUGGCAACCUCUGGAGUACCUAGGGACCAGCGCUGCCAGUGAUGGCUACAUCUAUGCAGAUGCGGAACAGUACUACAAGUCUGAUGUCCGAGGCUUUCACCUGGAGAUGUAUCACCACCGUACGGGCUACCGGGUUGGUGAGCCCAUGGCAGCCCACAGCAGGAAGCGCUAUCGUCUGAUACCGUCGAACCCGAAUAUGCCAACUCUGCAGCAGCAGAUGCAAACGAGGAGACUUAUCCAAGCACAAGGGUUGGUGACACGCAAGGAGUUCAUGCUACAUGAUCGAUCCAGUUGGCCCACAUUCAGUGCUCCUCAGGCCGUCGCUAGGAGUCAAGGUGCCCACAGAAGAGGCGGUAGUACUGGUGAAGUCACGCUGGAAGAAGAGGAAGAUGUCUCUAGGGGAGACAUUCUCGACUUCAUGUCACCUCGAGACAUCAGUCGCGUGAGAUACGAGCAGCAUCAUGACUGGAUGGAGCAACUCCUCGAAUCUCCCUAUAACAUCAAUCAAAUCGUGCCAGGUGACUUGGGCCUCGGUCGUAAAGGAGAACUCGAAGAGUUGACAAAGGAUUUCUUCAACGCGCCCACAACUCUCCACAGAGAGGCGGUUGCAAAUGGCGAAAUACCCCGAGUAGGCCGACUCGAAGAAGGCAAGGCUGAUGAAUUCCGAACUCGAGCCAACGAGAAGAUCGCUGCUAUGCAAGCCGAACUCGAAGAGAUGAAACAACAACAUGCUCGACGAAUCGCAUGUCUUCAGAAGACGAGCAUUCUUAGCGCUGCUGAAAAGAAGCUGCGCACUGCGCCCACAUCCGGCCCGCGGAGGACGUCUGCUGGCAGCCCAGCGGAGCAGAAUUUGCCAGAUCCCAUCGACGACAUUCAACGAGAGGUCGAGCAAGCCAUCGGAAGACCCAUCGUUCGUUCCACGCAGGUAUCAUUAGUGUCACCCGGUGGAUUGGACCAGAGGGCACCAGAUCGCAGCAUGAGCAUGUCAAGUCAGACAAAACCACAACUGUCACCUAACAAGUCAUCUGCUUCGCCAGCGGUUCCGCAACACACGCCUGUUCAAGCACAACCGAUGCCACAGCAGUCACCCCCACCCUCCACAGCCACUACCAGCCAAGCGCCUGUCGGUGAUACUGGCGCGUCUACCGCGGCAUCGAGCGCUGCGAUUGCCGAGGAGAAGGACCGGCCUGCUGAGGAUGUUCCCAAUGGAGACGGAGACGCUCAAGACCUCGACUUAGCAGAUCUUGACGUCGACAUGGACGGGUACGACGCCGAACAGGGCAACGAGCUCGUCAAUGCCGACGACGAUUGGGUCAUGGACAUGGAGGGCACUGGCGAAGACAACAAUGGCGAAACCGCUGAAGAAGUGUCUGAACGCCCGACGCUGGCAGAAGACGCAACUGAGUUGACCGCAAAGCCUGCUCAACCGACUGGACUACAGCCUCAACAGACCUCGGUAACCCAAGCCUCAGCGGAACAAACACCCAAUAAUGGCACACCAGCUGAUCAUAGUUCGAGUGAGCAUCAGAUGGGUACUGGCGAGUUCGAUGAGGCGUUCGACAACGUCGAGGCUGAUACCGCGGGCGAGGCGCUCAUGGACUACGGUGACACGAAUGAUGAGCCCAACCUUGAUGGCAUGGCGGAGUCGGAGUUCUUGGUGAACGAUGAAUAG